GUGGGGUCGUUCCGGCCCACGACAACAAAGGGCGGCGGGUGGUGAGCGGCGGUGACCGCGUCUCCCGGUGCUCCCUUCAGGCCGCGCGCCCGGACCUGCCCGCCGGGCUCCAGAUGAAGUGUGAGCACUGCACGCGGAAGGAAUGUAGUAAAAAAACAAAAACCGAUGACCAAGAGAAUGCAUCCGUCGAGGUACCAAGUCCAGCCCCGGAGAGUGGAGAGGAGAAGGGAGAAUUCCAUAAAUUGGCUGACGCCAAGAUAUUUCUGAGCGACUGCCUGGCAUGUGACAGCUGCGUGUCUGCAGAGGAAGGAGUCCAGGUCGCCCAGCAGAACGCCAAGGACUUCCUCCGCGUCCUGAACCUUAACAAGAGACGUGAUGCCUCCGAGCACAGGGUGCUGGCAGUGUCGGUGUGUCCUCAGUCCCUGCCUUAUUUUGCUGCGAAGUUCAGCCUCAGUGUGACGGAUGCAUCCAGAAGACUCUGUGGCUUCCUCAAAAGUCUUGUUUCAUUCAUUCAAGCCCGGACUCCACGAGGCGCGUCCGCAGACGGCGGUAGAGAGAGAAGGACGAAGCAGGAGAGAGCGCUUUUGUGCUUCCUGGGGAGAGCGACUCACCCUGCUGUUGGAAAGAGUGCAGCCCUGUGCUGGGCAGCUGGCGGCGCCUGUGGGGGCUGCCCGGGCACGUGGUCUCUGGGCGGCAGGCCCAAGAGGCGACCCCCGUUCCGUGGCGUGCAGCCCAACGCCUCUCCUCCUGCAGGGGUCCACUAUGUCUUCGAUGCCACGAUCGCGGCCGACUUCAGCAUCCUGGAGAGCCAGAAGGAGUUUGUGCGCCGGUUCCACCAGCACAGCGAGGAAGAGCCCGCCUUGCCCAUGCUGACCUCCGCCUGUCCCGGCUGGGUCCGCUAUGCCGAGCGGGUGCUGGGUCACCCGGUCACCCCCCACCUCUGCACUGCCAGAUCUCCCCAGCAGAUCAUGGGCUCCCUGGUGAAAGACUACUUUGCCAGGCGGCAGGACCUGUCCGCAGACAGGCUCUUCCACGUCAUCGUGGCCCCUUGCUACGACAGGAAGCUGGAGGCCCUUCAGGAGGACGUGCCCACGGCCUCGCCGGGCUUCCGCGGCACAGACUGUGUGCUGACCUCAGGUGAAAUCGCUCAGUUGAUGGAGCAGAGUGACCUCGCGGUGAGAGAUGCUGCCCUGGACACCCUGUUUGGAGACGUGAGGGAGGAGGCGAGACGCCACGACGGAGCCAGCUCCGACGGGUGCCUGGCGCCCAUCUUCAGACACGCCGCCAAGGAGCUAUUCGACGAGGACGUGGGGGAGCUCACCUACCGGGCCCUGAGGAACAGAGACUUUCGGGAGGUGACCCUCGAGAGGAGCGGGAAGGUUCUCCUGCGCUUUGCUGCCGCUUACGGCUUCCGAAACAUCCAGAACGUGGUCCUGAAGCUGAAGAGGGGCAGGUUCCCGUACCACUUUGUGGAGGUCCUCGCCUGCGCGGGGGGGUGCCUCAACGGCAGAGGCCAGGCCCAGACGGAGGACGGGCGAGCGGACAAGGCCCUGCUGCAGAGGAUGAGAGGCAUCUACGCCGCCGUCCCCGGGCGGGCCCCAGAGACCAGCGCCCACGUGCAGGACCUGUACCGGGAGUGGCUGGACGGCGCCGACGCCCCCCGGGCCCGGGAAACCCUGCACACGGCGCACCAGGGCCCCGGGCGCCCCGCCGACGGCCGAGACAUCAAGUGGUGACGGCGGAGGGGAGGCUCGGAGGAUGGAUGGGCCCCGCGCGUGGGUACCGGAGACCCGUAACGGAAACAGCGCGGCUUUUCUGCGGCUCCUUCGCGUUGUCAGAAUUCUCUGCUGCCCGCGUUUGUCGGCAGCUCCCCCCUCAGUUCCGUGUGGUGCUACCUUCGUGCCGUGUGUGUGGUUGCAGUGUUUUAACGUGAGAGGAGGGCUGCCCAGUGUAGGCCUCCUUUCGACUGAAAAUCCCAGAGAACAAGACCGGAGACGGAGCUCUGUCUUUUAUGCUUAAAAACCCAAAAAGGGGCCGCGAAGAGCGAAGACCUCGGAAGCUGUGAUUCCCGCGCGGCGGAUGUGGGAAUGACGGGCCGCGGGGGUCCGGCCGCCGUCUGCCCAGGGGGCCCCCCUUUCUACCCACGCGGUUUACUCCUGAAGGUGUUCUUGCCCGACGUGAGUAAACUGUGUCCUCUUGGAACCGCAGCUCGGGCACAGCUCUGCAUCUCCGGCCUCUCUCGAGGAAGCGCUGGGGCGCAGCGGGCCGCGUGGCUCACUGCUGCGGCGGUCAGGGUGCGGCGGGGCGGCUGCCUCCUGGCACCAGACCCUCUCGCUGUGGGGUCCCUCGGGCUCUGGGGGCUUGGGCCCCAAGUCAUGCUUUCCCGUUCAGUAUUGAACUUGCCUCGAGGCAGAGGGAGGCCUGAGGACGGUGCUGGGUGUUGGCUGGAAGGUCGCAGGGGCAGGUGCCCCGCUCAGGCCAGGCUGUGGCAGGGGAUCAGCCCCUCCAUCCCGCGGGGUGGGACCAGGCUGGUGACGGCCCUUCUGACUCUGAACUUGAGGGAGGCAGCUUCCUGAGGGUCCUGCACCCCGCAGGCAGGCUCACCCGGUGGCCUUGGUGAAGCCUCCCCCCGCUCCCCGGACUCCCCGACCCGCAAGCACUGCUCCUGUGGGAGGAGGCGCGCCCCCAGGAAAGCAGCUGGAGCGCAGUUGCACCGGAAACAAAGGGCUGGCCGGAACGUGGACCCUGGAGCUCGUUCUCGUGAAACCAGAGAAGCCUCGGCACAGACGUGGAGUGGCUUUUGUGAGCCUGAGUGGACCCCUCACUGCGGUAAAGCUCCAGCUGCGAGCUCCUUCCUGCUGUUCCUGGGUGUGGUGGUACUGCUGUGCCUCGCUGGGUGACAACUGGAUACACUGUGUGAAAAUGUGUCACUUUUGCUUCCAUCCUACCUGCCUCUGGGUCUCUCUCCGCUACGGUAACUGAUGAUGGAAUAAACACUUGAGUGUCUGA